UUACGUAUGGGGUUUUUUGUUUGCUAAACAAUGCAGUGGCACAGUCUUCAAGCAAAAGCAAAGGUGUAAUUUUAUUUCGUCAGCCAAAGUCAGCACGCAGUCUGAUUAUUAUUAUCAACUUUGGCCUCGCUUUUGGGAUUGGGGGCAGUAAUGAAUUUACACUCACGCCUACUGAAGGCGAGAAGGAACAACAGGUUAUUACGCUCUGCAGCAGAAACAAGAGUAUAAAUUUUCUUCAAGAGGAAAACCUGUUAAUUUAAGAAAAGCGAAAAUAUGACAUCGAGGGCCAGAAAAAAAUGCACCCUGUUCGGUGCCGUCUCCUCUAUUUUGUGUCUACUUCUUCAGUGGCAAUGCCAAUCCUGCUACGCAGCGGUAAACACGCACAACGUUGUAAGAAAGAUCGUCAAUACAGCGUUACUGGAAGACAACCCUUUGCUCUUGGUGUCCACCCUUGGAGGUUCGCUCAUCGCAAUUGAGCAAGAUACUGGAGACAUCCGUUGGGAAAUCUCAAAUGAUCCGGCAGUAAUGGUUCCAUUUGACAUGGAAAUCAACUUUGCUUCAAAAGAGCAUUUGUUCUUGCCCGACCCAAAAGAUGGUUCACUGUACUUGCUAGCGAAUGGUAAAGGUGGCUAUGAAUCUGCUCUCAAGAAGCUGUCAUAUACCAUUCCUGAACUAGUUGCGUCUUCCCCCUGUCGGAGCACAGAUGGAAUUCUCUACACAGGUAAAAAAGUGGCGUCCUGGAUGGCUGUAGAUGCAGUCACCGGCAAAAAGCAUCUAGUGAUGGGCAAUGAGCAACAAAACUUUGAUGUCUGUCCUGCUGAUGGCUCGCAGACAAUUUUCAUAGGGAGGACAGAAUACAGUAUUGCCAUGUAUGACAGUCACAAGAAAGAAAAGCGGUGGAAUGUCUCUUAUUUUGACUAUACUGCUGGCACUCUUGAUGAUAUUGCAACCCAGAACUAUCCGCUUGUCCACUUUGCUACCAAUUCUGAUGGGAGUGUCAUGACUUUGGAUCGCGAUUCUGGACGGAAAUUGUGGGGGCAGAAAUUCAAGUCUCCAGUAAUUGCUAUGUACGCUGUUCAAGAUGACUCACUGGUCAUGAUUCCAUUCACAACUGUCGGCGUGGACACUCUCAAAGCACUGCAGUUGAGCCACGCAGGCGCCAAUAUGAAAUUGAUACCUGCACUUUAUGUGGGCCAAUUUCCACAUGGGCUUUACGCAUUGCCGUCACUUAUCGACAACACAGUCACUCGCACCUUGACGUCGCCACCUGCAAUGCUUCUCAUCGAAGGUCCAAAAGAAAAUAAAUCAACAGAAGAGAGUGAUGAGAAGGGUGCUAAGCCUUCAAUAGGAAGCACGUCUAAUACAAAUCCCUUUGAAAACCUGCUUGGACAUUACCAGAUUCCCGAACGCAGUACAAACGUACUUCAAAUCACUGGGAAAAGUGAUGUGCUAUUGAAAACUCCUGAAAAUCUGGUGAUUGAAACUGCUGAAAGGGUUACAAUAGAUACAGAAGGGGACCAAGUAAACGUAAGAGUGGUGGAUGAGCUAAAAUUGGCCUGGAGUAAUUUCACCAAAGGCAACAUAUCCAUGGACUCGGUCGUCAAAAUAUCCAUGGCUAUCACUUCGUCAACAUAUCAUUUUGUGCAGACCAAAGCAGUCAUGACUUUACUUUUUCUUCUGCUGGUGUUCAUCACUUUUUACAUGGCUUUUUCACUCUAUGGGAAACAGUCCCACUUAGCUGACUAUGAGCAGGACGAUUCAGUUGUUCGCGUUGGCAAAAUUGAGCUUUAUCCGUCCCAGAUUUUGGGCAAAGGCUGUGAGGGCACGUUUGUGUUCAACGGCAAAUUUGAUGGCAGGCCUGUGGCCGUGAAGAGGCUUUUGCCUGAUUGCUUCUCUGUGGCUGACAGAGAAGUCGAUCUUUUGAGAGAGUCCGACGAACACCCAAAUGUUAUCAGGUAUUUUUGUACUGAGAAAGAUAGGCAGUUCAGAUACAUUGCUCUUGAGCUGUGCGCGGCCACAUUGGAAGAUUUUGUCAUCGGCAAGUUUCGAAACGAUAAUAUUUCCGAGGUUGACAUAUUGCUCCAAGCCACGUCAGGCCUUGCACAUUUACAUUCCUUGGAUAUAGUCCACAGGGAUAUAAAACCACACAACGUUUUGCUGUCUUAUCCCAAUGCAAAAGGAGAAAUCAAAGCAAUGAUAUCUGAUUUUGGCCUCUGCAAAAAGUUGAUGAAUGGCAGGUACUCCUUUUCCCACCAUUCAGGAGCUGCAGGUACUGAUGGGUGGAUAGCGCCGGAAAUGAUUGACCCAGAAAAGACCGCUACAUUUUCAGUUGAUAUCUUCUCUCUGGGUUGUUUGUUUUACUUUGUAUUAUCGAAAGGGAAGCAUCCAUUUGGUGACGAUUUGCACAGACAGGCAAAUAUUAUCAAUGGAGAAGGGAGGCUGGAACAUUUGGAGGAAAACAAAGAUUAUGUGGCAUUGAACCUCAUACUGGCCAUGAUCGACAUUGAUCCUAAAAAUCGGCCGACAGCAAGUGCUGCGAUGAAACACCCAUUCUUUUGGGACGCAGACAAACGCCUCGCAUUCCUUCUGGAAGUCAGUGAUAGAGUUGAAUCAGAAAAUUUGGAAAGCGAAGUGUUGAAAGCACUGGAAUCCAAGAAUUGGGUGGUAGUACAAAGGGAUUGGAGAAAGCACAUUGGAGAAGCAAUUGCUGCUGAUUUGCGCAAAUACAGGAAUUACAGGGGAGAGAACGUGCGCGACCUCCUGAGAGCACUGAGAAAUAAAAAACACCAUUACCAAGAUCUGGCUGAAGAUGCUAAGGAAAUCUUGAAAAAUGACUCAAAGGAUUUUCUUGCGUAUUUCACUAAAAGAUUUCCCCUUUUGCUGAUCCACACUUGGGUGGCAAUGGUUUGCAUCAGAGAAGAACCAGGAAAGCAAAAAUAUUACGACACUUCAUACCUAUUUCCUCAGUACUUUCAGAAUGUUGCCAUCCUGGCGAAACCUGGAGAAAAGCCUGAAGUGGUAGAAGAUGAGAUUGAACAGAAGACCAACUCGCCCAAAGACUGGACUUCAGCGUGGAACAAUGACAAAAAACAAAACAAAAGGCGUACCCCUCCUCAUCCAGCUUGGAAACUGAACUGGCGCGAGACUCCAAAGAAAACUCCGUUGACCGAGGAAGGCGAAAAUAAUAGGGAAAAUAUGAGAACGGAUAUUUUGUAAUGAAUUUGUACAAAUCUUGGCCGAGAAACCGAGGUGUGGGUUUUGAAUUGUGACUAUGCACAAAUAAUGGCUCACUAAAUGUUUGACAUGUAUCCUUAACUUUAAAUUGGCGUUGCGUCAGUGAGUUGACUGAACCAACUUGUGGGGCCUUUAUUUUUUAAGUGCAAUAAGUUUGUCCGUCCAGUCACAAUCCUUGAGCUAGUACGAGUCUGCCACGAUGAGAAAGGGGUAAGAAGUGAGAACGUGUGAUCAACGCUUAUGUUGUCUAUUUUUGUAAAGCGUGUUUUUUAAUCAAGUAAUUUUAAUGAGACACGAUUUAAAGUGGAAUUAAAUAUGAAAAUGAAAUUAAA